UGACUGCAGACAGUUCAUGUCAUGUUCAUCCACAGUUUAUUUCCCAUGCCUACCAAGCCAUGGACUAUUUAAACUCUUCGUUUACCCUCCGCUGAUUUCUCAUGAAGUUAUUCUCAGUCAGCAGCCAUGGCUCGACAAAGUGGCCGUUUGCUGUCAAUGGGGUACUAUGACAACGAUGAAGAACCUCGGGUGUUAUACAAGGAGAGCCCAUUCAAGGUCUUUCGAAAGAAGAGGGGUCGUCGCAAUUCUGGAGGCAGCACCAUUUCAAACAGGUCAUGCAUAUCUUUUGCUGACGAUAUUUGCCGCCUUGCUCCCAGCAACGGGAGGGGCGAAAACACAUCUACGCAAUUCAGCCAGACAACUGUUUUCAGCCUCGUCUCCAUGAUCAUAAUGUGUUUUGGGGGAUGUCUAUACAACAUGUAUGCUUCAAGCAGGAGCUGUUUCUGUCUGGGUUCUGGGUGGCCUGAGAACAUGGACUGGGCUGGAAACGAGUUGCGGAUGAUGCAGGUGCAGCUGACAAAGCUGCAGGAAGACAUGGUUAGAGCUGACGUUAUGGUGAUGCAGAAGCAGCUAAAAAAGCUGCAGGAGGACAUGGUUGGAGCUGAUCUUAAGGUGAUGCAGAAGCAACUAAAACAGCUGCAGGAGGACAUGGUUGGAGCUGAUGUUAGGAUGAUGCAGAUGCAGCUAAAAGAGCUGCAGGAGGAACUGCUCCACCUGAGGAAGACGCUUAUUCCUAUGGCAGACACUAUGCCAAACUUUUCUUUAGAAUCACAGGGUGCCACUGUCCUUCAUCAUCUUAGCUCAGACACCUAUCACACUCAGCCGCCACUUGUUACAUUAUGGGGGAUACCUUUAUGGUAUCCACCUGCCAACCCCCGGACUGUUAUCCAGGGACAUUCUUCACUUCUGACUCCUGGUCGCUGCUGGGCCUUUGCAGGUAGACGGGGACAUGUAUUUAUCACCCUGUCCCACCCGGUCACCAUCACCCAUGUGACACUGGGUCACAUUACAAGCAUGCAAUCCCCUGCUGGCUUCGCUUACAGUGCUCCAAGAGAGUUUUCUGUCUAUGGAGUGAAGAAAGUGGACAGUGAAGCGACCCGCCUAGGAACCUUUGUAUAUGAUCCGAAUGGGGAGUCAUUACAGACCUUCAAACUCCCUGGUCAUAAAAAAGUUGUCUUCAGUUUUGUGAAGUUGCAGAUUGAGAGCAACUGGGGUCAUCCAGAGUACACCUGUGUGUACAACUUCAGGGUCCACGGAAAGAUGCCAUAA